CGUGCUGGGAAAUGUAGUUUAUUAGGCAAAUCCAAAGUACAGUAAGCCAUGCUACCGUCAGGACCAGUCCAAAAGUUACAAAGCGUCAAACUGCGAGCUUUCGAGUCCUACGAAAUGGACAGGAGGGGGAAAGGGACAUGAUGGAGAUACCCCUAAAGUCUGCAGUUUCUCUAUCCUCUAAAGAUGGAGUUUAGAAGGUUUUAUGCAGACUUCGAUCAUCCUCUGAAAGGCAGUGUGAGAAAGUUGCAAUAGGCGCGCAGUGAUGAAGAGUUCUGUUUGAUGCUUUGAUACUAUUGUUAGGUCCUAAUAAAAGCCUUACGUGCUCUGGGUUGUGGAUUUUUCUUGUAAAGGACCGUCACUGUGCGAUGCCAGUCGAAGGGUCAGGACUCAGGAGGCGUUGUUUCUUCCGAAAUACCCGAUCUCCUUCCAGCCCCUCCGGCAGCCUCUCUUGCCCCGCCUCCUCCAGAGUGCCUGCCAUGGCCGACCGCUCCGGCUUGGCUCUCGCCCUGCUGGCGCUGGCCUGGCUGGGCUCCCAGGAGGCGAGGAGCGAACAGGAGCUCCGCUUCCAGCAGCCCGUGCCGCGGAAGAGACCCGUGCGCCUCUUCACGGAGUCCGAGCUGGCCAGAUACAACGGGCAGGAGGAAAACCAGCCUAUUUACUUAGCUGUGAAGGGUGUGGUGUUUGAUGUCACUUCUGGAAAAGAGUUUUAUGGGAAAGGAGCACCAUAUAAUGCCCUGGUAGGAAAGGAUUCCACCCGAGGAAUUGCAAAGAUGUCCCUUGAUCCUGCAGACCUCACUCAUGAUACAAUGGGACUUGCAGAAGAGGAGCUGCAAUCUCUGGAUGAGACCUUCAAUAACGUCUACAAAGCCAAAUACCCUAUUGUUGGCUACACUGCCCGAAGAAUUCUCAAUGAGGAUGGCAGCCCUAAUCCGAACUUCAAACCUGAAGAUCAGCCACACUUCAGUAUUAAGGAUGAGUUUUGAUCAAUGAUGUUUCCAUGCCAAGAGCCUCUAAAUGUGUGUCCUGAAUUUCAUAGAUAAUGGACAAAAACUGACAAUUGGGAGAACUCUUGAAAAAUGAAUAUCUUGGUGUGCCUGUAAUGUGUAUUUUUUUAAAAGUCUUUGGAGCAAAGCUUAAUACAAAUUGUUUACUAUUUUUUAAAUGCUCUUGCAACUGAUGUAGUGGUGACACUAUAGCAAUGGUACCUGUGGACUCAAUCCAAGUGAGAUGUUUUUCAUUAAAUUCACUGCCACUGCCUUCCUGUCGAAUACCCAAAUGUGUGGGUGUUAGAGGAUAUCCAGUGGCUGGCUAAUGGUAUUUGCAUCUUCAAGAUGUAUCUCUUCCAUCCUGGCUGUGGCUUCAGUGAAUCCCAUGUGUAAAGUAUGGCUUAUGUAAAUCAUAUCAGCUUGACAGCAAUACCUGACAAGAUCCUAGAACAGAUUAGCAAACAAUUGGUCUGUGAGCACUUUGAAAAGAAUCUGAAGCCAGGAUGGAUUUGUCAAGAACAAGUCAUGCCAGACUGAUCCCGUUUCCAUUUUUGAUGAAUGACUAGUUUAGUAGAUCAUGGGUAUGCUGUGGACAUAGUGUAUCUUGAUUGCAGCAAAGUCUCCCAUGAUAUUCUUGCUGACAAGUUGAUAAAAUGUCGCCUGGAUGCUGCUGCUGUUAGAUGGAUUCAGAGCUGAUUGAACAACCAUAUGCAAGGAGUCCUCAUUUAUGGUUUCAUGCCUACUGAAGGGAAAUAUCAAGUGGAGUGCCACAGGACUCUGUCCUGAGGGAUAAGGGGAUGCUUAUCAAAUUUUUGCAGAAGCUGCAGGGGGAAAUGCCUACCACCUUGGAAGACAAGGGCAGGGGGAGUUGAGUUGUUCUCCCCCGCUCCUAACCAAGUGCUCGGAGGUGUAUCCGCACUCCUGACAACUUCAGCACCUCCUGCAUCUUUGUAUUGAGAUUCAAGUAGGAUAUAAACGUAUCUGGAUUUUGUCAUCUUGGAGAACUUGAUUCAGAUUUAUCUUAUUACUGUUUCUGCUUGGCUUGGCCAUGUCUUAUAGAUUGCAGUUUCCUAGAGAGAAGUGUGUGGGGGUGUACCUACUAUUAACCUAAUUUACCUUAAUUCCAGUUCCUAUCAGGUGAAGAUAAGCCCUUUGCUUUGUCAGAUUCCACUUAGCCAGUCUCUCUAGCCUUAAUUUUCAUAGCUACUGGAGAGAUUUAAUGCUCAUGCUGGACAAAUUGAUGCUAACUACGGAGCUGCAGUAGCCCCAGGAUAUUGUGUCGUGUUAUGUUGAUUUACCUGACAGAUUGAAUUAGCAACGUGGAGUUGAGCAGGGCUCCCAAUUCUCCAAAUAGAAUAUAUUCUAUUGUGUUAACCUCCUGACUGCUUUCUUUCGAAGAGUAAGUGAUUAUUCAUUUUUCCUCUCAGGGGCUUUGCACACAUUUUCUGAUGAAAAUGUACUGCUAAGAAACAGUAAAUAAGUAAGCAAGGGUUAGUAUUCAUAGUGGCUGGCAGACUAAACCCAUGUUUAGGCUUUUACUACUGCUACUAAUAUUUAUAUACUACCCUUCUUAAAGUUCUCAAAGUGGUUUACACAGAAAAAGAAAUACAUAAAUAAGGUGGUCCCCUGUCCACAUUGUCUUGAUGGCACACUUGACCUUUACCUGUCCCCAGAGGGUAAAGGUAAAGUUGUGCCAUUGAGUCGGUGUCGAUUCCUGGUGACCACAGAGCCAUGUAGUAAAAUAGGGAGGGGUUUACCAUUGCCUCCUCCCACGUAGUAUGAGAUGAUGCCUUUCAGCAUCUUCCUCUAUCGCUGCUGCCCAAUUUAGGUGUUCCCCAUAGUCUGGGAAACACACCAGCGGGGAUUCAAACCAGCAACCUCUUGCUCCCUAGGCAAACUACUUCCCCACUGUGUCAUUAGGUGGCCUCCCCAAAGGGCUCAGAGUCUAAAAAGAAAUAUUAAGCAGAUACCAGCAACAGCCGCAGGAGGGAUGUUGUGCUGGGGUUGCAUAGGGCCCAUUGCUCUCCUUCUGCUAUAGAUGUGAAUUGCCACUUUCAUUAGCAUCUCAGCCACAAACCUGAGACCAUGAACCUAGUCACUGUUCUACUGCACCAAGCCUGAUGUAGGUAUAUGUACUCAUCUUGUUUCUGCAAACAUCUUAUUUUCUGCUCAGGCUUUUACUUGAAACUAAUUUAAAUCUGUUUAAUUCUUUUUAUCCUAUGAAAUUGUUUGAACUUUUUAUUCUGUGAAAUUUUGUUUCUGUUCUGUUUUAUAUUUUAAAGUGUGUACACCACCUAGAGAUACACACACCAGGUGGUAUAUAAAUAUGAUAGAUAGAUAAAUAAGCAUGGAGAUGAUCCUGAGACCUGAUUAGGCAUAAUGUUGGCAGAUCUGACCCUGAUGCUGUUAAAGCCGCACUCCCUGCCCCCACACACUUCAUUUUAUACAUGAGUGGGGCAGAUCCACAUUUAAAGAGACAGGUUGGUUUUCACCACAUCUCGUUUCCUCAUCUGUGGAAGAAGUGACCGGUAUAAAGCAGCCCUUGCUUUCUUACUAUAACCUUUUAAAAAUAAAUGUUGAAGAGUGGUUAAUAUCCUUUCCUGUUAAAUUAUGAAGGUUCCCCACCCAGCUGCAGUAUUGAGGAAGUAUGUUGAGCCUCGUGCUACUGGAAAAGGUCAGAUCUGGCAACUGAAACCUGUGGGCUGCUAAAUUAUUGUUUUGCAUCUGUCUCCCAAAUAUCUGUGUCCUGAAAUUUUAAAAUUACCUAGGUGCAUCUCUGACAGCACAGCUUAGAUACUCCCUGCUUCUUCCUCAGUUUCAUACUAGAGAAGAAGGCUGGGGGACUUCUUGCCACCUUUGCCAGAGACAAGUGGAAUUGUGGACUUCUGGUCAUAAGGAACCCCCAUCUAAAAAGUGCUGGAGUGCACCAAAUAACUAUAUGUGACAGAUCACUGUGGUAUCUCCAUAUGCUGUUGCCUUGGCUGACUUUCUCUGCUGAAAUCCUAUUGCGUUGCAUUCUUCGUUCUCAGUCUCUCUUUCUUGCCUAAUAAAAAAAGGUGCUUCUGUGUUGUA